CAAAUGUCAACGCCCUCACAUAUCUGACGCCUCUGUCUCGAUCCUUCUUUCUCUCCCUUCAUAUAUAUCCUUCAUCAGCACACCAUUUUAUCAACUCUUGUAUACCUAACACUACCCCGUACGUCAAAAGUGUACCUCUCUCUUUCUUUUUCUUUGAUCAAUUCAAUCUCCUUGACACGAUAUCCAAAUUAAACCAAGACCCAGAAAGUGAUCAAGAAGAUAAAGAACCACAAAGAAAGAAGAUACAUACACUCACAUAAGUACAUACAUACACACCAUGAAGCUCGUUUGGUCUCCCGAAUCAGCCUUACAAGCUUACAUAGAUACGGUUAAAUCAUGUGAGAAAUUCAAGGAAACCGGGGUACCAGAGUUGCUAUCAGCCAUGGCUGCAGGAUGGAACACGAAAUUCAUAGUAGAAUCAUGGUCCUACGGUGGUCCCAUAGCUGCAAGCGUAGGCCUAGCAGUUGCAGCUCGCAACACGGGUGCAAGACACGUGUGCAUAGUCCCUGAUGAACGGUCGAAGAUGCAGUACAUAACGGCCUUAGCCGAGAUGGGGGUGUCGCCGCCGCCGGAGGUGGUGGCUGGGGAGGCGGAGGCUGCGGUGGCGCGGCUGGCGGGGCUAGACUUUCUGGUGGUCGAUUGCAAAAGGAAGGAGUUCGCUAGGGUUCUGAGGGUGGCUAAGGUGGGUCCAAAAGGAGCGGUUUUGGCAUGCAAGAAUGCAUGGCAGAGAAACUUUUGUGGCGGCUUCAGAUGGAACAUGGUGCUACAAAAAGGUGUCCGUAUAGUUAGGUCAGUUUUCCUUCCUGUUGGGAAGGGUUUGGAUAUUGCAUACAUAGGGAGUAGUAGAAGUGGUGUAUCACCGGCACCACCACCACCACCAGCAACAACUUCAAAGACUCGUCCUAGCCGUUGGAUCAAACACAUAGAUCAACAAUCAGGAGAAGAACACCUUUUCAGAGACUCAUCAUCCCAUUAGAAGAAGAUAAAAUAAAUUUAUUAGUCUGGUUUCACGUUUCGGAUGUGAUUUUCCACAUUUUGAAAGUGAUUUUCAGAAGUUAUUAGUUAUAGCUUUUUUCACAUCUCAAACGCGAUAUUUUUUUUUUCUUUUAUUCUGAACGUGUUGCUAAAUAUGCUAUAUGUCGUUUACUCUAAUGGGUGUAGUUUGAAUGACUUGAAUGGCUAAGUUGUAUUAUUAAUGAGUCAAAGAUGAUGAUCAAAUUCAUAUAACUGGGUUUGGGACUUUUGAGGAUAUAGAAAUUCAAGCUGCCAAAUUGCUUGUUAAAAAAAAAAAAUAGUGUUCUUACAUAUGACGGUUUCAGCUUAUAUUAUUAUAUCUGGGAUUGAUGGCUAAGGAAGAUUAGUUUUUAUGAAAUGAUGUAAAUUAUAA